CAGCCAGACCCAGUCUCCAGCUUAUUUCGUUUCCCCCCUCCGCCUCGGCGCGCUCCCACCAGAUCCAGCCCCUAGGGUUUGCUCCGCCUCCCCCGCCCCCGCCGCCGCCGCCAUGGAUCCCGACGGGGACGGCUCCUUCCACCGGAAGGAGGCCAUCUCCGCCGUGCAGGACGUCGACCAGUACUACGGCGACGACGACGACUACGACGACCUCUACAACGACGUCAACGUCGGGGACGGCUUCCUCCACGCCUCCCAGCCCCCCGUCCAGCCCCCGCCGCCGGCGCUGCCCCCCAAGCAGCACCAGCUCCCCCCGCAGCAGGCGCCCCCGCCGCCGCCGCAACAGCAGCAGGUUCUGCCCACCCCUUCGCUCCCGCUGCCCCCGCCGCCGCCCCCGAUGGGCCACCCGGAGAAGGUCCACAUCCCGGGAGUCGCGUCCGGCCCUGCCCCCAUCCAAGACCGCCCCAACCCGUCCCAUCUCCCGCCGCCGCCUCAGCCUCCCGUCGCCGCGGCGCCGCCGCCGCCUCCCCACCACCAGAUCCAGGCGGGAGGAGACGGGUUCCACCGGCAGGGAGGGGGCAACUUCGGGGGAGGACCGAUAGUUGUUGGCAACGGCGGGGGUGGCGACGGCCCUGGCGCUACCACGCUCUUCGUUGGGGACCUCCACUGGUGGACGACGGACGCGGAUCUGGAGGCGGAGCUCGUCAAGUACGGCCAUGUCAAGGAAGUCAGGUUCUUUGAUGAGAAGGCCAGCGGGAAAUCCAAGGGAUAUUGCCAGGUCGAUUUCUUUGACCCUGGCGCUGCUGCUGCCUGCAAGGAGGGCAUGAACGGCCACCCGUUCAAUGGCCGUCCCUGUGUCGUGGCCUUUGCUUCGCCUAACACUGUACGCCGCAUGGGUGAAGCUCAGAUGAAGAACAACCAACCGAUGGGUCAGCAGAAUUCAGGUAUGCAGAAGAGUGGUGGCAGAGGUGGUGGUGGUCCACCUGGAGGCCCGCCUGGGCCUCAGGUUGGAGGAAACUAUGGUGGCCGGGGAGGCGGAGGAGCUGGUGGUGGUGGCGGUGGUGGAGGAGGAGGCGGGGCAGGUGGUGGGAAUUGGGGCAGAGGUCCAGGUGGUGGUGGGAUGGGGGGUAGAGGUCCUGGUGGGAAUAUGAGGAAUCGGAUGGGUCCGGUGGGUGGCCGAGGGAUCAUGGGGAACGGAGGGAUGGUGGCUCCACCGCCACCAAUGAUGCAUCCCGGAGGGAUGAUGGGGCAGGGAUUUGAUCCCACUGGCUAUGGUGCAGCCAUGGGAAGGAUGGGUGGAGGGUUUGGAGGGUUCCCUGGUGGACCUGGUGGUGCACCAUUCCCAGGCUUGAUGCAGCCAUUCCCACCUGUGGUUGCUCCUCAUGUGAACCCAGCGUUCUUUGGGAGAGGAGGUGGUAUGGGUGCCGGGGGUGUUGGAAUGUGGCCAGACCCAAGCAUGGGUGGUGGUUGGGGAGGCGAGGAACAAUCAAGCUAUGGUGAUGAUGCAGCAUCUGAUCAGCACUAUGGAGAAGGUGGAAGCCAUGGUAAAGAGAGGCCACCAGAGCGGGAAUGGUCAGGUGCACCAGAAAGGAGGCGGGAGAGGGAAAAAGAUUUGCCCCCACCACCAGAAUUGCCAGAGAGAAGGCACCGUGAUGAACGGGAUAUGGGUCGUGAGAGGGAAAGAGAGAGGGACAGAGGAGGAGAUAGGGAAAGGGAGAGGGACAGAGGAGAUAGGGAAAGGGAGAGGGAUAGAGGAGAUAGGGACAGACACCGGGAUGACAGAGAUCGCCAUGGUGAUUAUCACAGACACAGGGAGCGUGAUUCUGAUCGUACUGAAGACUGGGAUAGAGGAAGAUCAUCUGGGAGACGAAGCAGGUCAAGGGAGGUUGAUCACUCAAAGCGGCGACGAAUGUCGCACGAGUGAUGUACCUGGAUGCCUAGCAUAGGGGCAGCGGCAAUCCGAGGUGGCAUAAUUUUUGCACAUGCCAACUUUCAACCGUUCACUGCUUAUAACUGCUUGUGUCUCCAGGGAUCUGUUGUAGCAUUAACUGAGAUCCAUACAAGCAGUUCAAAUAAGUGCGAAGUCAUGAUUCCAGCUUCCUCGGAUACAAGAUGUUGCUGCCGCCUGCCUGCCUACCCCUACCUGCCCCUACCUUAAAUAUAGUCGCCGAGUGGCAUAAUAUUGCCGGAAAAACCUGUCAAACGUGUUGUGAUUCCCCUAAAUACUCUUUUGUUUACCUUAUUAUUAUGCGAGGAAAGAGCACCGAGAGUGCGAGAAUGUACUAUUUACUAUGUAUUAGGAUGAUCAUCUGGUCUGUAACCUUGUAUUAUGACUUUUGCCUUUCUUUUUUGAAUUAUCUCUGCUGCUGGUGGACAAGUGAACCAACAUCCAACAUUCA